ACGAGUACCAGCGGACUUGACCGAAGAAUGAAACGCGGGCAGCUGCGACUCGUCGGACAAAGAAUACAUUUUGGAGCACACACAGUCACUGCGCGGCGAGCACACACAGCACGGGCCAGCCCGCAACCAAAGCAACACAUUUUAUACUCGUGUUCGGGCAUAUAUAUUUUAUAAACAAAUAUUAAAUAUAUAUAUAAAUAAAUAUACAUAUAAAAAAAAAUUAAAAUUUUAAAUAAAAUAUAUAUAUAUUUUUUUUACCACCAAAAUUUAAAUAACGAGUAGCCAUAAGUGUUUUUAAAUAACGACACCGUUUAUGUCGGCGACAACGCCGGGUAUUUUAUUUAUUAUUUCCAAAAUUUACUUGAGUGCGGACUACUGGAGUUAAGUGUGCGUUUAUUAUGUAGUGACAAUAGUGAAAAAUAUUUAUAUUUUUGUUUUGGAGCAGACGCUAUUCUGACAACGUGCGUGUUUACUAUUAUUUAUUUAAUAAAAAAAAAGAAAAAGAAAAAAAAAUUAUAAUUCACUCGUGUAAUAUCGUGAUGCGGGAGACACGCUCUCGUUAUUACUGCUGUUACUCGCGUGAAUUAAACAAGAUAAUUAAAUAUGCGUGACAAUUAUUGGCCGAUGCUGACGAGGGAUCAAUGAAUUAUUGAUAACAAACAAAACGUACAAAUCAACAGCCUUCUAAGCUAUAAUAACCUCAAGUGAUUUAUAUUUUCUUACGAAGUGCGAAUGACAAAUUAAUUAGUCUCUAUAUUGUCUACGUAAAUAAUUCUCGAGCUUAGGAAUAAAAAGACUUGUUUAUUAUUAAUUUUGUUGGAUAAAUUUAAACAAACAAGAGACGAAAAUUAAAAUAAAGAUAACUAAAGAAGCCGUAGUUUAUUCUAGUGUAAAAAAAAAUAUAUCUGAUACCUACAAAAAAAAACAAGUCCGCCAGUGCCAAAUCCAAGGAUUAAAAUUAAAAUUAAAGUGCAAGUUAUUGUUGAAUUAAAAAUUUAGAAGAAUUAUUUAAAGUAAAUUGUGAGCAAGUGACAUACGGCGUAACGCAAACCAUAAACCAAAGAAUCAACCAUUUUUUUACAAAUCAACGACGUACAUAACGAGCUAGCAGUAGCUGAACUUGAACCUGAAACAAAAUAAUUUAAAAAAUAUAUUGCUAAGCACUGACUUCCGUUGACUGUUGCUAAACAACUGGAGCCAGAGUAACAAAUUUAUAAAAUAAUAAAGUUAAAGUAUAUAAAUUAAUAGUUAAACCUUUUAAGUAUUUUACAUAAAAAAAAAAACGGAGUAAAUAAAACGAAUUUUUAAAAUUUUCGCUCAGGAAAAAACGUAAAUUUAUAAUUAAAUAAACUUUUUAAAUACGUACGGGAACCAAUCUACUUCAGUUCGUAGCCUAAACCUGUCGAGUACAAAAAACUAACAUACAAAAAAAAAAUUAAUUAACUUUACAAAAAAAAAAAGCUAAAGGAAGCUAGCCAACGUGAAGCUCAACGAAUGUGCGGAAGUUAAAAUAAAAAUAAAAAAUCUAAAUUCAGAUAAUUAGCCUUGAGAAUUCGUGAUCACAUCAUCAUCAUUAGCAUCAAAGUACAAUCAUUUCCAUAAAUAAAUUUAGUAAAUUUACGUAGACUAGUACGUCAAUAAUUGAGAUUUUAAAAUAAAUAAUUGAGUUAUUGAAUAAAGUUGAUAAAUAAAUAAAUAAAAGCAAUCCCAGGAGCGGAUGAAUAACCAGAAGAUGCGUCGGAGAAGAUGAGCGCAGAAGUUAAAAAGGAGGGUAUCGCCCCGGAGAGGGUGAGCCCCCCGAGUGCGCUUGCUGUUUCACCGGGUAACAUUGGACCUGGUGAUCCGAAUCGACAUCUCCCGCCAUUCAGCAGUUUUUCUGGUGACGUUAGUAUGGACAGUGGAAAUACUUUGACAGCUUUGCAUAGCCAGGACAUAAGUUUGGGCCUGAUGUCACACUGCUGGGAUUGGAACGAAGGACUGUCGGGUAGACUGAUGGACCCGAAGGAUGGAGUAGUUUUCGCGGGUCAGUACCGCCCAUGGGAGUCGAAACACGGUAAUAUUAUUGGACUAAAUAGCGAAGGAUUGCCGAGUUUCGCGAGUCAGUUCGCGCCACCGAGUGAAUCAGAGCCUCAGUUGACGGCUCUUACGCCCUUGUCGCCGGCCUCAAUGUCACAUUCGCCGCCAGUGACUUCCGCGGUCGGGUUGCCGAGUUUCCACACGCUGGGCUCACCUUUGCCACUUCCCCCGCACGCACAUCCUCGCAGUACGGUCGGCUAUCCUCUGGUCCCUGCUCCUGUGCAAGCGCGAGAGGUCCCAGCACUGCAGCAGCAACUGCUCGAUGAGAGACACAUCCAGCUGCUGGGCUCAAGUCCCGUGCAGAGCUUCCAGGCCCCACCUGGGCAUCCGCAUCACGCUGUGCUAACAGUCGUGAAGCAGGAUUACCCACAAUUGCAUCAUACCAACUUCCAGAACCCGAUGUCUACGGUCCUCGACUCGUCGCCGACUUCCCGCGUAACCGGAGUCGACGGUAGGAAAAAAGAACGCAGAAAAAUUCGGGCUGGUUCCAUGGAGAGCGAAGAUGGUAGCGGGAAUGUCGAGAGCUCUGGUCAAGUCGCCGCUGUAUCCUCGACAGGGAAUCGCGGCCCCCAUGGACAUCUCGGAGGUGGUAUUGGUGAUACUGACGGCGACAACGGGUUGGGUGAUAAACCUGCUAAGAAAAAACGCAAGCGGUGUGGAGAGUGUAUUGGUUGCCAGAGAAAAGACAAUUGUGGAGACUGUGCGCCAUGCAGAAACGACAAGAGUCAUCAGAUUUGUAAAAUGAGACGGUGUGAAAAACUUACGGAGAAAAAGCAUUUAUAUCAUUUACAAACCGGUGAUGGCACUUUUAGAGAAAGAGGUAGAGGUCGAGGAAAAGGUGCAACAAGAAGUUAUAGAAAAAUAGCGAGACAAGUGAGCACUCCAGACAGCGCGCCGGCAGGUCUAGGAAGCCCGCAAGCAGGCAUAGGAGGCCUUCAGCAGCACCAACCUCAGCAGCAGCAACCUCAGCAGCAGCCUUUGCACACAGACCCCAUGCAGCAGACAAAGGACAAUUUAAACUCCGCGAGUCAGCAAACUGGCGCUCUUAGGAACGGAAAUCCUCCGCCGCCAGUUGUUUCUAUGUCACCUGGAGUGAUGCCGUUUUACGGUGACAGUAGUGCUGGAUUCCGACCAACUGCUGGUUUCAGUAAUGCCGUAUGGCACCAGGGUGUUACGCCCGUGGGUGCAGUCACCGUGGAAGCAACAACCGCGACAUGGCCACCACAACAAUUUAUUCAACAGAUACCUGCGCCAAAUCAACUCGAUGAAUUGAGGUAUCACACACAGUACAGUGCCGCGACGCCAUACCAUCCUCAACCAGUGGCAUACCAGCAACAAGCGUUCAUCGCGACAGAUCAAUCAGCAUUUCAGCGUGCGGGUAGCGCAGGACAAUACGGAAUCCCCGGACAGCCGUCCCCAUUGGCACCGGUAGCGCCACAAACAGGAGCCGCGCCGCCUCAGCGUUCGCUUAACGGUCAAUUCAUGGACCCCGCGGCGACACCGGGACAGCCGAUAGGCUUCGAGACCCGUCAAGAAUACGUCAACGGGUAUCAGCAGCAGGAUGUGACAAUGGCUCCGCCGCCUUCGACGACGCCAACAAGUCGCAGUAGUUCUGUACACAUGGACUCACAACAACAACAACAACAACAGCAACAACAACAACAACAACAACAGCAGCAACAACCGCCACAACAACAGCCACAGCCGCCAACAGACACACAAGUCAAGGGGUUUGCAACUAUAGCCCCGACAAAUGUGUCGGGAAACGAGAUGCCUGGGUAUCCACUUCAACCGGACCCACAGAGUUCACACAACUCUAACGGAUAUCCAGGCUACGUGGAAAUGGGUCAAUCUACUCAGCAACAACCCCAACAACCUCAACAACCUCAACAACAAGCACAACAACCUCAGCAACAGAAUCAGUGGCAGCAUCUUCAAAAUGUCCCCAGACAGCCUGCGGUUUCGGAUGCGAGCCAAGCGCACUUAUGGUCAGACACUAGCUCCAAUGCCAAGAUGAACAACGUCAAUGACUUAACUUGGUCAGACAGCCGCAUUCAGCAGCAGCACAUCAAGAAUGAGCCCAACGUUAUUCAGAACCAAGACAUGUCACGACCCGCGAGUCACAUGAGUUGGGACAGUGCUCGCGAGCAUCCGCAGACUCCGCAAUCUUGGAGCGAGGCGGAUAAUCAGCAGCAAAACUGGCCCCAACAGGCUCAGAAGAACCCGAGACUGACGCCCUCGCAACACCAAUCGCAGCAGUGGCCCCAACACUCGCCUAAAAUGGUCGAUCUUCCGAGUCCCGCGCAGCAGAAUCCUCGCAUGACUCCGGUUUCAAAUCAAACUUGGCAAGCUAGUCCUGAGAUCCAGAAUCAGAACGGGCAUCCCAAUCCUCGACUGACUCCGCAACAGCAGCAGCAACAGCAGUCUCAGCAACAACAACAGCAACAGUGGCAGCAGCAGCAGCAGCAGACCAAAAUAGAAACGAAUCCGCGAUUGACACCGUCUAAUCAAAUGUCCUGGCCGGACACGCCUACUAGUCAGCCGAAUUGGUCUCCGAGCAGCAUGAAGAGCGACGGUAGUCAGCAGCAGCCUCAACAAACUUGGGCAGACUCUCAGCCUAGCCCGAGACGGACUCCGAGCCAUCAGCCAGCUUGGCCACAGAACCCAAAUCCCAACCCCAAUACUCAUUCUAAUCCCAACCCCAACUCCAAUCCCAACCCUCAGGAUAAAAUCGACAGCCAAAUCACAAACUGGUCGCCAAAUUCCGGUUCUUCUGAAAAUCCCUCCUGGGCUCAGCAAACCAGCAAACAGGACAUUCAGAAUUCCGGCGAGCGAAUUCUCUGGAGCAACGACAAGUCCAACGGCUUCAAUAACGACAACCAGGACCAAUCUAACCGAUCGAACUUAAACAGUCGCCUGAAAUCGAUGAUUCUGAACAAACAGCAGCAGCAGCAACAGCAGAUGCAGCAUCAAAUGCAUCCCAUGGGGAACCCCAACGGCUCCAGCGAUUACUCCACCGACGACAGGAUCCGAGAGUCUCACGAAAACACAAAUAACGACAACAACAAGCCCCACGAUAAAAGGUCCACUUCAGAGUAUGUCCAACAGUCCAACAUGAUUUCCAUGCCCCAGAGUAACGACUCCAUUACCGGUAAUUUUUUAUUGCAUAGCCACCACCACCGGGCCGAUAGUUUGCCCGGCGGUGGUGGCUUAUGGGAGUGGACUGGAGGAGGAAUUCAUCACAACAAUAAUAUUAAUAAUAAUCAUAAUAAUAACAAUAAUAAUAAUAUAAAUAAUGUUAAUGAUAAUAAUACUAAUAAUAAUAAUAUUAAUAAUAAUAAUAACAAUAAUAUUAAUAAUAAUAAUAGUGUUAACCCGGAAAUAUUACCAGAAACCGGCAUAACAGCUAUACAAAAUUUUAUCAAGUACAAUGAGAAGAAAAUUCAGGAUAAGACGGCUAGUGUAUGGGACAGUACGAUUGGUGUCGAUAAAAAUAGUGAUAACAAAUUAUUCCAUCAAAGUCUUGGUAUUUUAAACGACAGUAAUGAUAAGAAACCCGAAGAAACUGGUGUCUGUAUAAACGACAGUAAGAGUAACGAUUACUAUGCUAGAGAGGUAGAAAAAAAUUUGGUAGGGCGUCGUAACGACGGACUCGUUACUGUAGCUAGCGAGGAUAACAAUCAGUCGAAAACGAUAAACAACGUAAUUUAUAACCCAACUCAGAUAAAGCAGGAAGUAGUAGAUUACAAUUGUCCGAGUGAUAAUAAUACGAAUGAGGAUCGCGGUGAAGGAGAAGGAAGUCUUCCGAUUAUUAUAAAAACAGAGCCCGGGGAGGAGCUGAUUGACAAGAACGAGUACAAGUUCCGCGGGGACGGAGGUCCGGUAAAAAUAGUAACAGACGGCGGGUCCUGGUGCUGCAGGAGAGGCGGAACUGAUCAGCCGAGCGAGGAACAUUUGCGCGAUGGCUGCUGCCAGGGCUUGCAGACCAAGGACGAGAUAAUAGAGGACUCGGAGGAAAAGCAGGACGACGUUAAAAUGGAAGAGAGCAAGAGCGAUCCAGCAUCAACAACUGAAACUACAGUAACUACUGGAACUACAACUGAAGCUGGUAAUCCAACUGCAAUUACAACUACAACUGCAACUGCAACUGCAACUACAACUACAGCUACAACUGGCACGACUGUAACUGAGACAGCCAGUGUGGGAACUUGCACUAGCGGAGGUGGUAAACCGGCGCAAGAUGUCGACAAGAGCAAGAACAAUAUGCGGAGCGAAGUACCCGACUGCGACUGCUUUCCGCCAGAUAAAUGUCCGCCGGAGCCUGGCUCGUACUACACGCAUCUGGGGGCCGCAGCCAGUCUUCCAGAUCUCAGAAACGAUCUUGAAAGGAGGACCGGGUUGAAGGGCAGCGCGAUACGAUUUGAGAAGGUAGUUUACACGGGAAAGGAGGGAAAAACAACUCAGGGAUGUCCGAUGGCUAAAUGGAUUCUUCGACGGUCGGGGGUGGAGGAGAAAAUACUGUCGAUCGUGAAGCACCGGCAGGGGCACAAGUGCGCUACCGCGUGGAUUGUAGUUGUGAUGGUGGCGUGGGAGGGUGUGCCGACCCACGAGGCUGAUCGCAUUUACUCGCUACUCACUCACAAACUAAAUCGAUUCGGUCUUCCAACGACACGUAGAUGCGGGACGAACGAACCGCGAACUUGUGCCUGUCAAGGUCUCGAUCCGGACACCUGUGGUGCGAGCUAUUCAUUCGGAUGCUCCUGGUCUAUGUACUACAACGGAUGUAAAUACGCCCGUAGCAAAACCGUUCGCAAGUUUCGCUUAUCCGUAAAGACUGAGGAACAAGAGGUCGAAGAGAGAAUGCAUGUACUGGCGACUCUUCUAUCACCGUUGUACUUGAGCUUGGCACCGGAAGCGUUUAAUAAUCAGACGCAGUUUGAACGUGAGGCCAGCGAGUGUCGCUUAGGAUUCAAACCUGGCAGACCUUUUUCGGGAGUUACUGCUUGUAUUGACUUUUGCGCUCACUCGCAUCGCGAUCUUCAUGAUAUGAAUAACGGUUGCACUGUCGUGGUUAGUUUGACAAAACAUCGGAAUCUUUCAAAGCCGGAUGAUGAACAAUUGCACGUUCUACCUCUGUACGUCAUGGAUGAAACAGACGAGUUUGGAUCGAAGGAUGGACAGCAGGAAAAAAUAAAAUCCGGUGCUAUUGAAAGACUUUCCAAAUAUCCGUGCGAAGUACGAGUACGGUCGGUACCUUUGCAACCAUGCAGGCGUCACGGAAAAAAGCGCAAGGAAGACGAAACAGAUCCUGCGAGUACCAAAAAAGACUCAGCUAAAGAAAAAGCGGUUGAACGGGCGCCUUAUCAAGACCCCGCGCGAACGAUAAGAGAUCCGCAGCAGUUGUCUCUGGAAAUGAAUCCGAUGUUCGAUGGCAUGGACGCGCAGCUCCAGAGCUCGCAGGUGUCCUCGACGGUUCUCGACAGCCCGGUGUCUAUGUACCAGGGCUGGGGCUAUCAAGGCGAUCAGCAGUGGGCGCGGAACAAUUGGCUGGAGCAGCGAAAAAACAACUGGUUGAAUCCUUGGAGCGAGUACUCAUUCAGUGGAAUGGAACGCGAUAGUAAAGUAGAUCCGGACAGCACCAGUUUGGAUGAGACUCGACCACGGAGUACUUACUCGCAAGAAGAUCACCGCCCGCGUUCUUGCAAUCUGCCGAAUUCAACACCAGACUCUCCGAUCAAUCGCGGCUACAAUCACUCACCUCGUCAUCCGAUGUCACCGCGAAAUUCUCUGCCACCUACUCCUGGAGAAGCCAGUUACGCGAGUCACACACUGUCUCCUCGUGCAUUGUCGACUCCGCACGAUCCUAAAAUGAUGUCACCGCGCAGUUCUGGAUAUCCAGCUCCAGGAACUCCGCAUACCGUUGAUUCAAAUUACAGUUUACCUUCUCCGUCUUACAAUAAAAAUUAUCCGGGAUUUAAUGAUAAUAAUAAUAGACAGCCAAGUGUAUCACCACGUGGGUACUCGACUCCGCAUCCUCAACAACAUGACCAACGUGCCUCGCCGCGAGGACAACAUACUCCUGGUCCAGAUGUUCAUAAUCAAGCGAUUCAACGUUUGCUAUCACCUCGCAACGAUGUCCAUUAUUCCACUAAUAAUAUGAAUAUCAAUAAUAAUAAUAAUAAUAACAAUAAUACUAAUAGUAAUAAUAAUAAUAAUAACAAUAAUAGUAAUAAUAACACGAGCUACAUGGAAAUACAGCAAAGACCGGCAUCACCGAGAUCACGUAACCAAGAAUAUUACGCCCGAUUAAAUCAACCAGUAAACCAACCACAAAAUUCGAGCUACAGAAACGAUUACCACGAAUUAAAUCCCGUUAGAACAAUGCAUCAGUCGCAAAUGUAUUCAUACCCACAACAUCAGUACGACAAUUACAAUUACAUGGAGCAGAAAAAAGAACAAUUGCCUGCAGCGAACAAUUGGAAUCCGGUCGAUAAAGUCGCUUCCGGGUGGCCCGAGCGAGUUCCACAGUCGGAGCACGCAAAAAAUCCGUGCAUCGAGAUGGCCGACCCAUCGCCAUUUCGUGUUCCGAAGGGCCGCCCGCCGUCCAGGACAACACCCAACCAGAACCAGAACCAGAAUCAGAACCAAAACCAGAAUCAGAAUCAAAACCAGAAUCAGAAUCAGAACCCGUCCGACGUUAACUAUCAGAAUACGUUUACUCGCACUUUUCUUAAGCCCCAGGAGCCAAUUAAAUCCGACAAUUAUCACCAUGAUCCAUCGACAUUGCCAUCAAAUGCUCAACGACCGCCAUCCUACGGCCCUACUCCUGUUAGUAAAGAAGGCUAUGAGCGUCCUGUUGCUAAUACAAUGUGGGCAGAAGAAAUGAAGGUUCCAGAAUUACAUGCGAUGUCUAAUUUGGGUCAUUCGUUUCCGCAGUAUCCUGGGUAUCCAAGUUACACGGGCUUUGAAAAAAGUUAUACUAAUACUUGGGACGGUUAUAAUUAUCAAUAUCCAGCACAUCCGACGCAUCCGCCACAUCCGACGCAUCCGCCACAUUCGUCGCAUUCACCACAUCCAGGGCAUCCAUCACAUCCAGGACAGUCAUCACAUCCAGGACAGUCAUCACAUCCGACGCAUCCAACGCAUCCACAACACCCAGUGCAUCCACAACAUCCACAGCAUCCGGUGCAUCCACAGCAUCCAGUACAUACACAGCACCCGGUGCAUCCGCCACACGUGACGCAUCCGCCACAUCCAACGCAUCCAAUUCAUCAAACACCAGAUUAUCAAACACAAAUGUAUCAACAAAAACGUGAACAUUAUUCUCCACAGUAUCCUUAUCAGAACGUAACACCUCCUUACCAAGGAUUGAAUUCUGGUUGGAGCAGAUGGGAAACUCCUCGCUGGGACAUUUAUCCACCGCCGUCAUACUUUCCUGUGUUACCUGAGCCUCCUCCAAAAUCUGAACCUCUCGGAGAGGUCGCUGACUACUCAGACAACGAGGAAUGCUUCAAAGACGCCCAGCUAGGUGGCGUUGGAAUAGCUCUAGGCCACGGCAGCGUUUUAUUCGAGUGCGCGAAACACGAAUUGCACUCGACGACUGCACUGAAAAGACCCAACAGAGUCAACCCGGCUCGCAUCAGCCUAGUCUUCUAUCAGCACCGAAAUCUAAACAGGCCCAAGCACGGCUGGAGCGAGUGGGAAGAGAAGAUGAGGUUGAGAAAACUGGGAGUGACGACCACUACCACGAGCUCCUCAAUGUCCAACAGCAUCAACGAGACCAUAAAUGCGGUAGCUGCCGCCGACGGACCAAUCAGCGAAAUUUCAACUCCAACUCCAGCUCCAGUAACUGAUCCCGGAGUCACUGAAUCUCCUUCGGAAGCUGGCAUCGAAACAGAAAAACUGCUUCCACACAUAAACGUACCUAAUUCUCAGUUCAUGAUGCGCUCGCCGACGUACACCACCAUGACCUGGACCACUCUCUUCCCCAUGCAUCCCUGCAUGAUCACCGGACCCUACCAGGAAGGCGGCGCCAUUGGAUGAGCCUCCACUUCGAGCCUCAACGACUGCAAAUCUCUCAGCACAAAUGCGUAAUCCCGAAAGAUUAUAAAAGAAAAACCACAAAAGGUUUCAUUCCACUGCCAUAUUUUUUAUUCUACCCAAAUUCCACGGGCUUUCCUUACAUUAAUCAUUUUUUAAAUGAACUAUCAUUAAAACUGUAUGAAGCAGCUCAAACAUUAUCUCAAUUAACUUUCAAUAAAAUACAUACAUAUAUUUUUUUUACCAAUUUUGCAAUCCCUUAAGUCAUCAAUUUUUGAAAUUUCAAUUGCGCUUUUCAUUAGAGCAUAAAAUUUAUCAUGACUUUUAUUGACAAUAACAAACACUUUGGUCAUUUUAAUAAUCACGUAAGCAAUAAAUUUAAAAAAAACUUUUCGCGGGCUUUUCAAAAUAUUAAAUUUAAAAUCUAGAGUAAAAAAUUACCAAAAUAAUCAUUUUUUUUAAACCAUAAAAUGAAUAUUUUUCCAAUUUAUCAGAUGCUAUGAGCGAUUGAUCGAAUAUUUUCUUGAAAGUUAAUAAAUUUAUGACCAAAAAAAAACUAAUUGCUAAGAAUAAAAAAAAUGGCCACGACUGUAUGAAAAAGACUUUGAUGGAAUUUAAAAAGCACAGAGUAAAAUAAUUAAUUAUUAUUAAUUAAUAAUAAUAAAUAAUAAUAAUAAUAAUGAUAAUAAUAAUAAUAAAUAAAAUGACUGUACAAUAAAACGUGUAAAACUGUAUCUUAUUGACUAGUCGGUACAGUAAAGAACAAGUACACGGAUACAUAUCUCAUUGUUUAUCUACCGCAAAUAAUUUUGAAGGUUCAAUAAUAAUAAUAAUAAUAAUAAUAAUAAUAAUAAUAGGAGUGUGUACAAAUGCACACUAAUUGUGUACAGCGUAUGCUCUUCCUCAUAAUUAUAAUCAAUAAUUAAUAUAUAAUAAUUAGUAAUAAUAAUAAUAAUAAUAAUAAUAAUAAUAAUAAUAAUAAUAAUAAUAAUAAUAAUAAUAAUAAUAAUUGAUAAAUAAUCUAUUGGCUAUAUUAUGAUCUAUUUAACGUGUUGGCGUAAUUGAAAAGUUGAUAAAAAAAUAAAAAAAAUAAAAUUGUAGCAACAAAAAAAAAAAUGUUGUUGAUUAGUUGUUACGGUAACUGCACAAUUGAUGACGCACUUUUGAUUAAUUAAACUAAAACUGACUAAAUAAAUCAGUGAAAUCAUUAUAAUUAAUAAUUAUAACAAAUAGUAUAAUAAUAAUAAUAAUGGUAAUGAUAUAAAUUAUAAUAAAUCAUGAACACGAAGAAAUAAUGAAAUGAUCUCAACGUUUAAAAUUAUAAAAUAAUUUCUUAUUAUUUAAAACGAAUCUUUGUACAUUUUUUCGCUUCUUUAAUAUUUAUUUAACGCACUUUGCACUUGCCGCCGUACUGAAUCUAUAUUAAUUAAUUAAUUAAUUUUUUUUUAACUAACCACUCGCGUCAGGCGACUGAGUACAAAUUUUAUUAUUUCUUUUCUAACCGAUCGUCAUUAAAUAUUGGCAUUUAUUUGUAAAUUUUUUUUAAUUAUUAUUAUUAUAAUUAUAAUUAUAAUUUAUUUUUAAAACCAGGUACCAGAUGAAUUUAAGAAAAUUUCAAUUUUUUUGUAAAUACUUUCAUCGUUUUAUUUUUCUAUAUUUUCUUUCUCUCUCUUCAUAUAAAUAUAUAUAUAUAUAUAUUUAUAGUAUAUACAUUUUAAAUAAUAAACAUUAAUUUGUCACAUUGGUGUUUAAGGAUCGAUAUAUAUUUAUUUAUUGAAACAAUGCGUCGAUCCUUUAUUUUUAAAUAAAAUUUUAGAUUAAUCUUAUAUUCAAAUGAUUUUAUUAAUAGAAAUAAUUAAUCAAUUAAUUUAAUGAAAUUUAAUUAAAAGAAAAACACAAAUGUGGCAAAUCCGCCAUUUUUUUCUCCUCGGAGUAUUAAUUAGUAAGAAUAAUUAAUAUAUUCAUUAAUGUUAUUAUUAAUAAUAAUUAAUUAAUUAAUUAAUCAAUUAUAAAUGUAAUCUAAUUUAAUUAUUUAUUAAUUAAGUUUUGGAUAAGUUUUAUGUGUACCACAAUUUAUUAUUAUUAUAACUAUAAUUAUGAUAAUUAUUAUUUAAAGUCGCUAAUGAACGUCGAUACUUUUUAUUAACUGAUUAAGUGAUUAAUUGUGUAAGAUUGUUCUCAAGUAGAAGGCAUUAAGUAUCGAUGACGUUCGACCCUAUUCCAAAAUUAUCUUUAUUUAAUUAACUCUCUGUAAGCUAGCAACUAUUUUAUGUUUAUUAGUAAUUUUUCUUUAUAUUUAAUUGUGAAUUGUGUAAGAAUGAACAAAGAUCCUAGUUAAAUACUCGAAACAAUUGUUUUAUUUUUUUUUUUGUAUGAAAUUUUUUUUUACUGUGAAAUAUUUAAUAAACGAAAUAAAAAAUGUCUAAGAAUGGAUUUGUAACGUAUCAUUUUUUUAGGGAUAGAAAGGGGGUAAAAUGGGCCGUUGGAAUUUAAAAGAAUUUAUUUUUAUUGUCGAUGAACAAAAAUUUUGGAUCGAUAUGAUCUAGUUAUAAAAAAAGCUAGAAUGGGACAUUGAGAAUAAAAUUUUAGAAUUUAGAACAAAAAAAGUUUUUCGUCUCUACGUGGAUUAAGAGUGACCCAAUUUACCUCACAGUUUGCAAAGAGGUGUGCAGAUAAGAAGAAUUUAUGAAUGAUUCGAAAUAUUCGAAUUAUUCGAAUUAUUUGUAAGUUUUUGGAACAUUUGAAAAAUUUGAAUUAGUUUUGAAAUUUCGAAGUAUUCAAAAUUUCGAAUUAUUUGUUAAUUAAUGGAAUAAAUUUUUUGUAAUUUAUCAAAAGUAUGAUAAAAAUUUGAUGCUCGGUUGUAACCAAAUAUUUGGAGCUCGAACAAAGCGAAAAUUUACCAAUAAUUCAAAAGCAUACGAAUAUUUAAAUUUUUCUGAAUGAUUCAAAAUUUUCGAUUGUAUCGAAAACUCACAAAAAAUUGGAAAUAUGAGAUUCGAAUAUUAAUAUUCGAUUCGGAUACUAUUCGCACAUCCAUAAUUUAGUCUUCCCGAAAUCUUAAUAAAAAUUAAAUCACUUCAUUGAAAUGUGACCCAUUUUAUGACGGUCCAUUUUUCCCCCGUUCCUUAAACUGUAAAUCCUUAAUUCCUUUAAAAAAAUGUCUAUGUAACUUUAAUUGAAAUAAUAAUUAAUAAUUAAUAACUUAUUAUAAUUAUUUGUUUGAUUGUAUUUUAAUAAAACAAAAAAAUAAUAAAUAAAUGCAGGAAUUAAACGAACACUAGACUUAAUAAAACCAAAUGUAUAAACAAAUACUUCCAUUACUGGAUCUAAAAAUUUCUAUAUAAAAAUAACUUAAAAAAUUCUUACAACUUUUUAUAAAAAAAAAAAGAAAAACUAAAAAAAAAUUAAAUUCAAAUGAUGCCAAAAUAGUUGUAAUAUAAACGUUGAAUUUAAAUAAAAAAAGUAUCAAAAUUAUUUAAGAUGAAAAUAAUGAAUAAUAAGAAACAUUAUCAAAAAUUUAUGAACAAUAUAUGAUAAAUAAUAAAGGCAAUUAAGGUUGCGAUCCAAUAAAAUAUGAGAGUAAAUAGAAAAAAUAAAACUUUUUGAAAGUGUAUUUUUUCUUCAAUGCCAAAAAAAGUCAUUUUGUUUUAUAUAAAAUAAGGGUAAAAAUAAAAUACUAUUUAAAAAAAAAAAAAA